CGGUCUGUGGUUUCCAGCCGCUGAUUGGAUGGCCGAGGUGUUGUUGGUGCAGUUACGCUGCCUGUGAUUGGUUGCGCUGCAGUGGCCGCGGCCUGCUCCUCCUUGUUCUCUCCCGGGGACAGAAAGAGGAGAGCAGAUCCCGGGGUGAUCGAGGAGAUCCAGCUGGGAGAGAUUAACUGAAAACUGUAACAAGAUGGCCGUUUAUACAUGUAAUUUUAUGCUUGCUUCUCUCAGAUCUCGGGGUUCCCACCUUGUCCUACAGAAGAGCUGUUGUCCUAUUUAUACUUCCAUGAUCUGCACUCAAAAUGGUGUUUUUUCCCCAAAGAAAAGGUGCUGGGCUCCGGCUACUGCAGUAUACUACCCUACCAUAAGUGAGCGUGUUUACCACACCUCUAGAUUACAUCUCCAGAACAAACCUCCUUCUCCUCCUCCUCCUCCUCCUCCUCCUCCUCCUCCUCCUCCUCCAGAGCUACCUUCACUAGAACCAGAGAAAACUCCAGAAGUUGUGCGGAAGUCCCUGGGCCAGAGAGUGAUGGCUGAGAUCAAGCACUACUACAAUGGCUUCCAUCUUCUCUGGAUUGAUACCAAAGUGGCUGCCCGUAUGGUUUGGAGACUGUUACAUGGACAAGUGCUGAGUCGUAGGGAAAGGAGAAGGCUAAUGAGGACAUGUGCAGAUCUUUUCAGACUUUUGCCAUUCAUGGUAUUUGUAAUUGUACCCUUCAUGGAGUUCCUGCUUCCCGUAUUCCUUAAACUGUUUCCAGAAAUGCUACCUUCCACAUUUGAGACAGAAUCAAAAAAGGAGGAGAAGAUGAAGAAGAAGCUUGCUGCCAAACUAGAGAUGGCUAAAUUCCUUCAGGAAACAAUAUCUGAGAUGGCUAGGAGGAACAAAGCUGAAACAGGGGGAGACAGUCAGCAACAGUUCUCAUCUUUUUUCCAGCAGGUUCGAGGGACAGGGGAGCAACCAAGUACCAAAGAGAUUGUUCGGUUUUCUAAGUUGUUUGAGGAUGAACUGACCUUGGAGAAUCUAGAGAGGUCACAACUUGCUGCUUUGUGUCGGCUGCUUGAACUUCAACCAAUUGGCACCAACAACUUGCUCCGCUUUCAGCUGCUCAUGAAACUCCGGUCUAUACGUGCAGAUGAUGAGAUGAUCGCUAAGGAAGGUGUAAAUAACCUCACUGUGGCCGAGCUUCAGUCUGCAAGCAGGACCCGCGGAAUGAAAUCUUUGGGCCUCACUGAGGACCAGCUAAAGGAGCAAAUGAGUCAGUGGCUGGACCUGCACUUGAAAGAGAAUGUUCCUCCAUCUCUCUUGCUCCUCUCUCGAGCCUUUUACCUCACGGAUGUAAAACCCAAAUCAAUUCUGCCAGUGAAACCGACUGUGGAGGUUACAAAGAAUACCUCUCCUCUGGCCGAGCCCACAGACACUGCGGAUAAACUAAAUGACCCUGCUCCAACUGUGAAGGGUGUAGAGGGUGAAGACCUUUCGAUAAAACCUCCCUCAAGUAAAGCUGUUGAUCAGUCAAAAGAAAAAGUAAGCUAAAGCCAGUGCUAACGGGGUGUAGGUUCAAUGUGUGGCUGGAAUCACAACAUAUCCAAAGAUCUGGCUGUUCAUACUUUGGAACCAAAUCACCAAGAGGAAAUGCAUUCUUACAUCUUCUCUCCAAUAAAGCCUCCUGCAAAAUAUGCCUUGUGACAGAUCUACUUCAACAAAUGACCACUGCGGUAAAAAGUGUUUAGAGGAUUGUGACAUUUUCAGUGAAGCUGCCUUUGUUCCUCUAUUUAAAGGUGCUUUGUAUUGCUAUACAGUUUGGACUACUAGCAUUGAACUUAAUGUGAUUGAUCCAAUACGGAUUUUUCUCUCUAUUUAAAGUCCAGUGCACCAAGUAGAAAGGUUUUUGUUUGACACUGUGUACUUCCAAACCUGUAUGGACAAUGGGAAUAUGAUAUACUGUAUAGUGAUCAAAAUAUUUUGUGUACAGAGUCUGGUUGCAUAUUUGGGCAGCAUGUUUAUUUUUAUAAAAUGUUUAAAGUCAAUCAAAACCCUAGCCAUUUCCAAACACAUUAAGUAGAAGCUGCUUUUAUGUAAAUGAACUCUUUAUAUUUGUCUUAACUUAUACUUUAUGUAAAUAUGUACAUAUGUUUUUAGAUCAUGGAAGUUUAGAACAUUGUACAUUUUACACUGAUUUGAUAUUCUUGUAUAUACAGUGUUCCUAACGUCUGUUAUAGCACCUUAAAUAUAACAUUUCUUUAUUUCCUUACUAUUGGUGUUAUUCUUCAAAUUAGCUUGUGGGUGACUCCAUCAUUUUAAAAUAAGCUAACAUUUCCAGUCCCAUGCCAGAAGCACCUAUUUGGACGAAUUGCACAGCUGAUGGUAAAUGGAAUACAAUGUUUGCCUUUUAUUUGGAAAUGGAUCAGGCAUAACAAUGUUCAUCCAUUGAAUGCAAUUACCAAUGUUCUUGUCAGAACUUGUAUCAAAUCUGUGGUGUU